UGCUCGCGCUGAGAGCACCCUUUCCUUUUUACAAAUAGAAAAUAAUUUCUACCAAACUUAUAUCAUUUGAGCUUUUUUUUAUCAUUUCUUUCCUGUUCGAAGUCGCCGUAUUCUGAAGGCGCAAGUUACUUGCUAUUUCACGAACAAAUCCACAUUCUGCAAGUUCCCGCAAAUCUGUUUACCUUGGACUGCAGUAAACCAAAAAAUAACGACCCCGCCACUGAUCAACGAACGAUUUUACCACAUCACACAUCAAAGAUUUCAGAGAAUAUCUCAAGCUCCGCAUACUCACAUAAUGGCUGCUGCAGAGACAUCUCCAGCUCCUAAUUCCAAUCAUCCUCCUCGACCACGGCCUCGUCGCCCAAGAAGAGGUGGCCAUCGAAAUGCUGGACCUGCACCAGCAGAUACAAAUGCAAACGGUACUCCAAACCCAACGGCACAAGUACCAAAUGGCUCUUUAGCUCUCAGACCGGCUUCUGUGGCACCGCUAUCCGGCUCAGAUUCUUUGAUCCCAUCAAAUCCACGAAAUCCGAAUGGAAACAAUCGAGGAGGUCAUGGUAGAAGAGGUGGGUUUGGACGAGGUGGUCAAAGAGGGGGUCCUCGUACACGCCCUAUGGCUAAUGGAAGAGUAUUUGGGGGGCAACUGACCUCCAACUCUCAUACCCACCCUACGUCUGACGCUGGUUCUCUGGCUGGAGAUGCCCCGUUGUUUGUGCCCGGACAGCCUGUUGCCAGCCGAGCUGGACCGUCUCGAGCUCCGCGCGCACGUCGAAUGUCGAAAUCCCAAGCUCCAGAUCUUGGUACCCGAACACAUGAAGAUAUUACAAAUGGUCAAUACGAGUGCGUGAUUUGCACCAACGAAGUUUUACCAAAUUCCAAGAUAUGGACAUGUAAGACUUGUUGGUCGGUUCUACAUUUAUCGUGCGUUAAAAAGUGGUCGAAGAACGAGGUAUCUACGCAUCAACAACGGGCAGUUGAGAAUGGAGAAUUGCCUCCACCGCGACAGUGGAGAUGUCCUGGUUGUAAUUUGCCUAAAGACGACAUCCCAAUAUCGUACACUUGUUGGUGUGAGAAGGAGGUUGAACCACGUUCAGAAGCUGGAUUACCACCACAUUCUUGUGGUCAGACUUGUUCGAAGAAACGGAGCGGACACUGUCCUCAUCCAUGCGACGUUAUCUGCCAUGCUGGACCUUGCCCGCCUUGCGCUCAUAUGGGACCUUCCCUUCCUUGCUUUUGUGGCAAGGAGACUGUCUCAAGGAGAUGUUUAGACACGAAGUACGAGAGUGGAUGGAGUUGUGGGCAAAUCUGCGAUGACAUACUUCCAUGCGGGGAACACAAUUGUCAGAGAAGCUGUCAUGAGGGCCUCUGUGGCAGCUGUGAAGUUCUUAUUGAAUCUACAUGCUAUUGUGGUAAAGUCGAAAAAACGUUACCUUGCUGGGAACGCGAUGAAGAGCGUGAAAGUCAAGCACCAACCAGUCCGCUCGAUAGUGAGAGCUCGACCUCGAGGACCUGGAUUGGAUCUUUCGAUUGUGGCUCUGAAUGUCGGAGACCUUAUGAUUGUGGUAAACCAGAUCAUUAUUGUGAGAGUAGAUGCCAUCCUCAAGACAUCUUACCUGCACAUUGUCCAUUUUCGCCCGAUGUUGUCACGACUUGUCCUUGCGGCAAAACACCCAUUUCUACACUUCUUCAAACACCACGAACCGAUUGUACACAGAAGAUUCCUCAUUGUCAAAAGAAAUGCGAAUUGCCGUUGAAGUGCGGACACACCUGCCAAGGCAUUUGUCAUGAUGGCGAGUGCCGACCAUGCUUUCAGUCAGUAACAAUUGCAUGUCGCUGCGGCAGGACAACAUCAAACACUAUGUGCCAUCAAGGAACGGAUGAAAAGCCUCAGUGUCCCAGAGUAUGUCGAGCAACACUCAACUGCGGAAGACAUGAAUGUGGUGAAAGAUGCUGUUCUGGCGAAAAGAAAGCAAGUGAACGACAAGCUUCGAAACGCAAGCAUCGUGCCCUGAAUGCUCCGCCAGUAGAAGAGAACAUUGAGGCCGAACACAUCUGUCUUAAAGUCUGCAGACGGCCACUCAAAUGUGGCAACCAUGCUUGCGCAGAACUAUGCCACAAAGGCCCCUGCCGAUCAUGCCGUGAAGCUAUCUUUGAAGAAAUCAGCUGCGCUUGUGGCCGUACCGUUUUGCAACCUCCAAUGCCUUGCGGGACGAAGCCGCCUGAGUGCCGUUUUGAUUGUACAAGAGAGAGGACAUGUGGACAUCCACAAACUAAACAUCAAUGCCACCUCGAUGAUGAAUCGUGUCCGAAAUGUCCAUUCCUUGUAGAGAAGCCCUGCAUCUGUGGCAAACGGACUUUGAAGAAUAUUCCUUGUUGGUUUACCGAAGUCCGGUGCGGCUUGCCAUGCGGGAAAAAGUUAAAAUGUGGAAUACAUUCCUGUCAAAGUCUCUGUCACCGUCCUGGACAAUGUGAAGACGCAAUUUCGCCAUGUCGUCAAGCAUGUGGAAGGCAGAAAACCGUUUGCGAUCACUCUUGUACUGACGCUUGUCAUGCACCUUACCCUUGUAAGGAAACUUUACCCUGCCAAGGCAAGACGUUUAUCACAUGUGAAUGUCAGCAUCAGAAGCAAGCUGUCAAGUGCCUUGCCUCAAAAACCAGCGAGGGUAAUUCGAAGAAGACACUGGAUUGUAAUGACGAGUGUCUCAAGCUUCAACGCAAUGCAAAACUUGCCGCAGCUUUGAACAUUGAUCCAAGUACACACAUGGACGAUCACAUUCCAUACUCACAACAGACCUUAGAUAUGGUCAAGGACAUGCUCAAAUUUUGUCAAACCUACGAACGCGAGUUCCGUGUUUUUGCGGCGGAUCCGUCGGAGAAAAGAUUGAGGUUCAAGCCGAUGCAACCUCAUCAUAGAGCUUUUAUACACUCAUUGGCGGAAGACUAUGGUCUUGAUAGUGAAAGUCAAGAUCCAGAGCCACAUCGCCACGUUUCAAUAUUUAAGACGCCACGCUUUGUCUCAGCGCCGUUAAAGACUUUGGCGCAAUGUGUCAAAGUAAAGCCAGUAACAGUUGCAGAAGCUGCGCCUUCCUCGAAAGGAUUAGUUGCUACAGCUGAGCCGUUCAAUGCCUUCUUAUUGUUGAACCCCAGGUUUGGUCUAACUAUUGCUGAGAUCCACGCCGACCUUUCAUCUGAUUUUGUCAACGCGGGUCUCGACUUUGAGGUAUCUUUCCUACCUUCCAGUGAGGUUGUCCUUCGUGGAAAACCCUCCGAGACUUGGCAUACCAAAGUCGAAUCGGCAUUAAAUGCCAUGCAGCACGGCCUUCGUCAAAAAGUUAAAGCCCUUGAAUUUGCAUCCUCAGUUGUUCUCUGCAGUGUAGAUUCGAGUUUAAAUGUAAUCAGAAGGGAAGAUGAUCAUUUAGGUGGAGGAUGGAGUCAGGUGGCUAAAGGAGGCAGUAACAGCAAAGCUCCGGUGAGGCCCGACAUAGGUGUUAAAAGCAGCUUCACAGUUUUGGGCAACAGGACGGCAGCGAAAAAGAAGAAAGCAGAACAGGAUGCAGUAGAUGAUUGGGAAAAAGAAGUGGAAGCUUGGGAUGCUUGAGGUUGAUUAACGAGGGCCCUGUACAUUUAGCUAGUGUGAACAUUAAUAAUUUAAUGAUGCAAUGAACUUCUCAUGAUAAGUUAUACCGAUAAUUCAAUCC